UUGCGUAGGAGGUCGGCCGACGUUCAUUUCAUAUUCUAGCGCUGUGUUUUGGUCCAAAUGGGACGCACAGUCACGUCUCCGCCCUGAUCUGUCCCUGCUCGUCCAGCCUCUUUCCCAGCGAAUUUAAUCAGUAAGAUGUUUUUGGGGAGCAGCGGAGGAGACUCCGACAGGGAAAGGAAGGCGAGGAGUGAAUGACUACUAGUGGAAUAACUCAGCAACACCGCCCAGUUGGCGGACAUUUAGCGCGGCGGGCACGUAUUCGGGCUUUUAAAUGUAGAGCUUUUAGGCAUAACCAAGUGCGCACCGGUAUUUAUUUAGAGCGGGGGACUUUUCAUUGGCAGGGAUGGAAAGUGUACAGGCUGUCGCUGAGGAUGGCGCGUCAGAUGGAGGCGCGACCAAGUUAAUGAAGAAGCCCAGCGGACUGUCUGUCGCCCGGGGGACUCCAGCGGAUGAUGGCGGUGGACGUUUGGCACCCUCCCGCGCUGAGGCAAAGAACGGGAAUAGCCUUUCUCAUUCCGCCUCUACAGCGGGGACUAGUGCGUCAAACCGAGCCGUGGCGUCUAAUGACCGGAGCUCAUCCAGCAACUCCAGCUCGCUCUUGUUGAGACGGAGGCGCUUGAAGAGGAACCUCUCAGCCGCAGCUGCAGCCACCACUACCACCUCAGCUGUCACAGCCGCUUGCGGCGCGAAGAUGAACUCGGCCCUGUCCUCUGCGUCUUUACAUACUCGAAGUCUGGAUAGGAAGACUCUGAUGAAGCACCGACAGAACAUGCAGCUGCAGUCCGCAGAUCGCGAGUGGGUGAGAGCAGAUCUCCACCGGGGCGCCAUACAUGUCCACGACAGACUGACGCCCUCGUAUCCCAGGCCGGUGCUUUGCACUAUGGACACCACAGCCGGCGAGGUGGCCCUCCGACUGAGUAAACUCUCCAGCAAGUCGAGCUCUGUAAUGCGUAUUUUUUGUAAAGACGCCUCCAAGACGGACCAAAAUGGGAACUGUAACGUGAAUUAUGAAUAUAAUGAUAAUCAGGGCAAGGUAAAAGAAGACUCUAGUAUAAAAUGCAGCCACCUGACCCCACUGGAAACCACAGAUUUAAGGACCCGUCCAAAUGACAGGUUGAGACUGCUCCUCAUGGAGAACGCAGAUGUCAGGCAAAAGCAACAGGACGUUGAUGGAAAACUUUUCACCCCGGAGUCAGAAGACAACAUAACCUGUUCGCUGUCAGACUUGAAUUCUAACUCUAACAUGGAUACCCCCAAUGACGAUGAUUCGGAGCACAGGAACGGUGUGGACAGUUAUGGAUUAAACUCUGGCUCAGAUGUAGAAAGCAGUGCAUUUGACGACCUGAGCUCCGGGGCCCGGCUCAGUGAACACAGGGACUCCCUGAGUGAUGACAUGAUCCUGGGAACUGAAGCAUCCAUCCUCAGUCCCUCCUUUGAUAGUGCCACAGAGGGCCAUGACAUGUACGGGAGCUCCUCAGACGAACUGGAACUCGACUGCCCAGCAUCGAGCUCAAGCAUGGACCCCAUCUCCCAGCAUCAUACUAAUGGCAUCACUGCUGUCACUGCCAACUACAAGCAGUGCAACGUGGGACAUUUAAGCGACGUGGGGCCAGAUAGCAGACUCAGCCCACACAGUCUGGGCAGCCUCCCACCCAGCAGUAGUUCCGGCUCAUUGUCAAGAGCUGGUUCUACAGGUAACACACCUGACAUCCAAGAUCCGGACUGUAGCCAGGGGGCCGUAAAAACAGGGCUCACAGCACACCAGAAUGGAGAUUCUUAUAAUUCCAGCCCCACACUGUAUGUUCAGCUGCAUGGUGAAGCUGUUAGGAGGCUUAGCCCAGAUGAGAGGCCUCUGCAGAUCCAGAAUGACUUUCUCUUUAAGCUUGGAUUUAAGAACCCGUGGAGAGUUCAAGAGGAGGGGCUUAACACAGAAAUUGGCUCCUUGUUACGUUUUUAUGCAGGGAAGCCCCAGAGCAUUGAGAGCUCAGAGAGGGUCCAGCUGUCUGGAACCUACAACGUUCGGAAAGGGAAGCUUCAACUACCAGUCAACCGCUGGACCAGACGCCAGGUCAUCCUGUGCGGCACUUGCCUCAUCGUCUCCUCUGUGAAGGAGAGCCAGACAGGGAAGAUGCACAUCCUGCCCCUCAUUGGAGGAAAAGUGGAGGAGGUGAAGAAGCACAAUCAUUGUUUGGCCUUCAGCUCAGCAGGGCCCCAGAGUCAAACCUACUAUGUCAGCUUUGACAGCUUCACGGAGCACCUGCGCUGGCAAAGACACGCUGCCAAGAUGGUGUCCCAGAGAAUCCACUCAGUUGAUUUGUCCUGCUGCAGUCUGGAGCAUCUUCCUCCCAAUCUCUUUUAUAGCCACGACCUGACCCACCUCAACCUAAAACACAACUUCCUGCCUGCAGAUCAGCGGCUGCAGCAGCUGCAGAGAUUUUCUCGUCUUCGGAGCCUCAAUCUGUCCAACAACCACCUUGGCCAGUUCCCCCUGGCUAUCUGUGACAUACCCACUCUGACAGAGGUCAACCUCAGCUGUAACUACUUGGCCUCUGUCCCCAGCUCUGUGGGUGCCAUGACCAAUUUGCAGACAUUCCUACUGGAUGGAAACAGCUUAAAUGAACUGCCCAAUGAGCUGGGUUCCUUGCAGAGGCUGAGUUACUUGGGCCUUUCCUUCAACCAGUUCAACCACGUGCCCCAGGUGCUGGAGCGGCUGUCCUCCAUGGAGAAGCUCUGCAUGGCUGGCAACCACCUAGAAACUCUUACCCUGCAGAAUUUCAGACUGCUCCAUGUCAAACACAUCGAUCUAAGGUUGAAUAAAAUCUCCAUCAUGGUGCCGGACGAGCCUGACCUACUGAGGCACGUGACCCAGCUGGACGUGAGGGAUAACAGGCUGACGGAGCUGGACGCCUCGGUCUUCCCCAGGCUGGAGGUGCUUCACUGCGAGAGGAACCACAUCACCAGCCUGAAGGCUAAGGGCUCCUUGCUCAAAGGCAUCUACGCCUCCAACAAUGAGCUCCGACAGCUGGAUGUCAGCCCUGUGCCCUCCAAUCUGAGUUACAUGGAUAUCUCGAGGAACCAUAUGGAGUCCUUGCCAGACUGGCUAUGUGAAGCUAAGAAACUGGAAGUCCUGGACGCGAGCCACAACCUCAUUGCUGAGCUACCGGCACGGUUGUUAUGCAGCAACAGUCUGAGGAAGCUCAGUGCAGGACAUAACCAGCUGCAGAAGCUGCCUGAAAGAGUUGAGCGCCCUCUGCUGGAGGUUUUGGAUGUACAGCACAAUCAACUGGUUGAGUUGCCCUGCAACCUGUUCCUCAAAUCUGACAGCUUACGAUGCGUAAAUGCAUCAGCUAAUAAGCUGGAGCACCUGCCACCAUCCAGUCUGUCAGAGGAAAGCCACAGCAUCCUGCAGGAAUUCUACCUGACCAAUAACCGACUGACAGACAAGUGUGUACCCAUGCUAACAGGCCAUACACACCUACGAGUUUUGCACAUGGCCUACAACCAUCUCCAGACCUUCCCGGCCAGUAAAAUGGCUAAGCUGGAGGAGCUGGAGGAGGUGGACCUGAGUGGCAACAUGCUGAAGACUGUCCCCACCACCAUUAUGAACUGCCGGCGAAUGCACACACUCAUUGCCCACUCUAAUGCCAUUGAAGUCUUUCCUGAGGUCAUGCAGCUGAUGGAGAUGAAAUGUGUGGACCUGAGCUGUAAUGAGCUGAGUGAGAUCACUCUACCAGAGAAUCUGCCCCCAAAGCUCCAGGAGCUGGACCUCACUGGAAACCCUCGACUAAACCUUGACCACAAGACCCUCGAGCAGCUCAACAAUAUUCGCUGCUUCCGUAUCGAUCCACCUCCGACCUUUUCAUCGAGUGAGGCGUCUGGUGGGCCCGCUGUGUGGAGUCAUGGUUACACAGAGGCCUCGGGCGUCAAGAACAAACUCUGUGUUGCUGCCCUUUCGGUAAACAGCUUCUGUGGGAGUCGUGAAGCUCUGUAUGGUGUGUUUGAUGGAGACAGGAAUGUGGAAGUGCCCUACCUUCUGCAGUGCACAAUGAAUGAUGUGCUGGCGGAAGAAAUUCACAAGACGAAGAGCGAAGAGGACUACAUGACCAACACCUUCCUUGUCAUGCAAAGGAAGCUUGGAACUGCAGGACAGAAACUGGGUGGCUCGGCAGCUCUGUGUCACAUUCGCCAUGACCCCACUGACCCUGGUGGCUGCUUCACCCUCACGGCUGCUAAUGUGGGAAAGUGCCAGGCCAUUCUGUGCCGUGAUGGAAAGCCGUUGUCCCUGUCACUCCUUCACAAUGUAGGGCUGGAGGAGGAAUACCGCAGGAUCAGGCAGCACAAAGCUAUCAUCACUGAGGACAACAAAGUGAACGGUGUAACUGAUUCUACACGAAUCAUGGGCUACUCCUUCCUCUACCCUUCUGUCAUCCCUUGUCCCUAUGUGCAGACAGUCACUCUCACCCCUCAGGAUGAGUUCUUCAUUCUCGGUAGCCGUGGCCUGUGGGAUGCUGUGUCCCCCACAGAGGCUGUGGAGGCUGUUCGGAACGUCCCAGAUGGCCUGGCUGCUGCUAAAAAGCUUUGCACAUUGGCGCAGGGCUACGGCUGCACCGACAGCCUCAGCGCCGUCGUUGUGCAGCUCAAUGUGAGUGAAGACUGCUGUUCCUGCUGUUGUUCUGACCCUCCCCAGCCACCACCCAGUCCAGGCUUGGGUCCUUAUCCUCCGUCGUCCUCUGCCAUCAAGGAGAGACCCUCAGAUGGCUCCCUACCUGUUCCUCCCUCCUCCUGUAGUGAAAUUAGCAGUGAGAUUAGCACCAGUGAGAUGAGCAGCGAGGUGGGCUCUACCGCCUCAUCGGACGAACCUCCACAGAGCUCCUUGGUCCUACUGCAAGAGCAGUCCCACCACCCUCACCUUCACUUGCACCAUCCGGCCCACCUGCUGCCUCUACAGCACCAGCAGGCUCACACAAGUACCCAGCCCUGCCACUAUCUUUUCCCGGGUUCAGAGCUGCCUUCAUCCCGAAGCUGCUGUGCUCUCCACCCUGCCUGCUUAGCACACUCCUUUCAGAGGCAGCUCUCUAGUGCCACUUUCUCCAGCGCCCUGUCUGACAACGGGCUGGACAGCGAGGAUGAAGAGCCCAUCGCUGGGGUUUUCUCUAACGGUAGCCGUGUGGAGGUAGAGGCAGAUGUUCACUGCCUGAAAGCACAGUCCUGCUUGUCCUCAUCACCCAAAACACCGGUACCCUUAUCCUCCAGUCAGGAACGCAACCUGCUUACACUUCCCCCACCACCUCCACCACCGUGCACCCCAGAGCCCCUAGAGGAAGGGAUUGACAUUAGCCAAGGAGAGACUGAGAACGGGCUUGAAAGGGAUGAGUCAUGGCCGGGAGCUGGAGUGGGAUGCGGGGAUGGAGGGAAGCUAGCAGGCAAGAGAAGGGUUAAUGGGUCCGUGGCACAGCAGGAAAAGAGCCACAACCUUAUUGAGGUGGCUGCUGAUGCUCCCUCCAAGAAGUCCGGGGGUUACUUCACAGCUCCAGCCCAACCUGACCCGGACGACCAGUUCAUCAUCCCACCCGAGCUGGAGGAAGAGGUGAAGGAAAUCAUGAAGCAGCAUCAGCAGAAACAGCAGAAGCCUCCUGGGACAGAUCAACCCACAGACUACUACGACACCCCUCUCUGAACAGCAGUACCAACUUUGGCCUCAUCUUCUUUACAUGGACUAAACUGGUCUGAUUUUCCUACACAUAGACACAAACAAAUGAGAUUCGGCGAGAGGCUGUAAAAUGCACACUGAAAAGUUUCAUCAAGCUUUUUCUGUGUAGUCUCUCUUCUCCAAGCAGCCCUGUCAUUGGAGAGACAUGCACUGUAACCCGCUCCACUUAUAGAAUAAAACAAGCAAAUGAGCCCUUUAAUGAUACUCAAUCCUCUUGAAAAGCCUAUGGACGCAGCUCCAGGUGUCCAUGGUCGUGCCCUUCUCACAGACUGUGGAACAUUUAUUUUUUACAUUAGACAACCAGCUGAGUAUGUAAUCAACACUAGUCUCUUUGCUAUAGCAUUAGCUUGCCACAACACUUGGUAAUAUAAAUAACAAUUCAAUGGUUUGUUUGUUUGUUUGUUUGUUUUUUAAAGAACUUACCAUAUCUUUUAAUGUGAAAGCAGUGAAUUUUCUGGAAGAACUUUUUAAAAGCAGAGACACAUAAUCUUUUUAUUAUCAGUGAACUAUGUUGAAUGGUACACCAAUAAUACCACAUCUAACUGUUGUAGAUAGGGCACUUACAAUACUGUAUUUCUUCAGUAAAUCAUGGCUCUUGGCCUGUAAAAUGGCAUAGAAAUUUUUUUGUAGAAAUUUUCAAUACUAACUCCUAGGAGUUGCAUACUCUUUAUGGUGACUCAGUCACUUUUACUAAUCUUCUCUGAGAGAAAUGGUGAUUUUUUUUUCUCCAAUGAUUGUAAAUAAGAGAAAUGUUGUAUACUGAGGCUUUUAAAGGAACUGCGCACCUGUAUGUCGGUGAAGAUUUUAGUGGCGGGGAGGAUGCAUUUGUUUGCAGUUAUGGAGGUGUCACCCUCCCUUUCCCCUUUAUCUUACAGUGUAAGCCCACACACACACACACACGGAGAUACACAAACACAAAUGUAAAUGUGCAGUAGCAGGUCAGAAAACCCAACAUUCCAUGCAGAAUAACUACACUAAGUGGCUCUGGUUUGCUCCACUCCAAUUGUGAUGUCCUGUAGUCAUCACUGCAUCUACUGAACACUAAUAGACAGAUCUUUGCAUGCACACACACACACCCAUGCAGACAUGACAUGCACACAAGCACACAUACACAGACACUUGGUUAAUAUUAGUCCCACCUCCCUCCUACAGUAACUGUUAUCACCGGCAUGACUGUGUCAAGUUCAGUAAUACAAACAAAUAUAUCCACAUGGAAAAGAAACAACACAAAUGUUCCUGUCUUUGGUAUAAUAAAUUUUAAAUUUGUGAAUAUA